UGAUACAGUGGAUAAGUAAUAUUGUAUGAGGAUUUGUGUAUUUACGCACUGCAUAUUUAGGAUGUUUGUAGUUUUUUUUUAUCUAUGAGUAAAUUGCAUCGCGGAGUAAAUAUUUAUGUCUGGCAAAAUUGAUGGAACUGUAGUACUAUAGUGAUGUUUUGUUGUAAAAUGGACACCAGUUUUUUUCAUCCAUAAUUUGUGUUUUAUUGUCAGUAAUGUGGUUGCUCAGCAAAAUGUCACUAGAAUAUGAGAUGCCGAUCAAACAUAUGAGAAACAAUGAGAAGAACCAUCCGUCUGUCCGUGUAUAUCACGCUUGUUUGGACAGUAUGUGUUGUCUUAUUUCUGGUAAUAAGUUUUCCUGAAGCCUUCGACGAACACAAGACUAGUCAUGGUUACAGUCGAUCUGCUCUGGUUCUCCGGAAACGACGUCCAAAUAUAACUUUACCUACCCGGACAGGCAACAGCCCCAGUCUGGCAUGGCUCAGAAAUUUUCACCCUAAGGCAAGAAAUCUUACCGCUUUAGAGGCUGAGCAACUAGACACUGUUGAUACGAACGUAGAUUAUGUCGUCACAGAGACGGGAAAAGUUAAGGUAUUAGUUGUUAAUAGAACAAUCAAAGCUGCAGGAAAGAAACCAGAAAAGGGAAAGGAUACAUACAACGAAAACUUGAUUCAAACGUUACGUCUUAGGCGUGAAGACAAUGAAAGGCGGUACUACACUCCGCGGAAAACUAAAGUCAAUCCGAUAGAUCACGAGUUUAUUAUAAACGGUGCUCAGAUUUGUACAACAGAUGCAAAAUACAUGACUAUACUUGUCGCAGUUCCAUCCAUUCCAAGUCAUUAUUUUGUCAGGGAUGCUAUACGAAAAACGUAUGGUUCAUACUCUAAAAAGUCAUUUCUGAUAGAACAUACCGCCAUCGAAGUGACUGUCAGAUUAAUGUUUCUUGUUGGAAAGGACGGUGAUAUUAAUACGGACAGAAUUGUUCGGAACGAGAGUAGGGUAUACGGUGAUAUCGUGCUUGCAGAUUUUGUAGAAUCAUACAGAAACUUGACAAGAAAAAUGUUAAUAGCUUUGAAAUGGGUAUCUAUUUAUUGUAGUGAUGUUGAUUUCUUAAUGAAAGUGGAUGAGGAUGUGUUUGUAAACAUUCCACAACUUGCCAAAAACCUCCACAGGCGGCCUUAUGGUAUUAAAGGUUCCGUGUACGGAUAUAUAAACGUUCACUCAUCAGUCCGCAGGAAAGGAAAGUGGGGGAUAUCAAAAGAUGAAUUCCCCUUAACAAAUUAUCCUAACUAUGCAUCGGGAAACUCUUAUGUGAUCUCUGGUAAUAUCAUACCCCGGAUGUACAUGAUUUCUGAAUAUUUACCUUACAUGCCAAUAGAGGACGCAUUCAUCACUGGGUGCCUAGCGCGAAUAGUCGAAGCUAAGGUUGUAUCUGUACCAGGGUUCACCUACUGGUUCGAUCCAGAACCGGACCCUUGUCAGUUCGUCAGAGACAAAAGAAUAUCAGCUACGCAUGUUACCACUACUGUUAUGGAGAAACUUUGGAAAGCAUGUAAUUCUUAUUCAGAAACAUGUGUAAAAUACAAUUUUACAAAAUAAUGUGAUCAGGAUCAGGAAUUACCGCAUUUGUCUUUCAAAUUUACAUUAUCUUAGAUAUUUAUGUACUAUAAUGAACACCUUGUGUAUUAUUUUGCAUUUACUUUGUUUAAAACCUGCUUGGCAGAAGCAUUUUUGUUUGAUGUCAUUCGUUUAAUCACAUCACCGUACAGCGUUUGAAAUUAUAUCUAUAGCUAUAGCAGUUUCAAAAGCGGAAGAAGCAAUGCCACAGAUAUUAGGUUAUCUGGGGUGAGAACCAGGUCCUUUGAGCGAUACAGGGCCAUCUGGGCACUCCUGUUUUAUUUUAAUAUUGGUUUUAUUUGGUGGCCUUUAAGAUUAAUUUUUUUUUUACUUAAUGAACUAAGUGCUUAGAGAUAUGUUAUUUACAAUGUAUGUACUGUGACUUAAUACUUCAAGUAAAUGCUUUGCUUGAAUAUUAUUUCUUGCAAAUGACUAUUCACAAAAUGUUCUUUGUUCUUGACCAAUAAACAUAAUUCAUUUCAUAAAUGUGUUGCAAAUUUGCGUAAUUUUUUUUGCUGAACAUAAUUAAUUUGCAAUUGUAAAGACAUGACGUUUAUCUGCCUGCCUGCCUGCCUGUCUGUCUGUCUGUUGUCUAAACAAAGGGACUGUCAUGUAACUAAUUAAGAUUUCUACCCCAAAAGACCAUUAAGAUUUCUACCCCAAAAGACCAUUAAUUCAAAAUCUCAAAUAGUAAUCUAUGAUAAAAACUGGUAGCGUAAAAUUUUGUAAUGCAUUUUAGCGAGUAGAGCAGACACCAUCUGGAUAACCAUCUUAGUGAUUCCGUUUCUACGAUGCGUAUAUGGUUAUUGUCCGGUUACUAUUAGCCUCAAUGUGUUAAUGGAAUUUUCAUUGCAUAUUGCUUUAUUGACAACAAGAACUGCUGACUUAUUACGUAUGUAAAUCAUAUUACCAUUUACCUUUAAUUAAAUAUUUAUCUUUCCCCUUAAGAUUUAGACAUGGAGUAAAAGGUCUUCCUAUCUACGCAUACAGAAAAAGUAAAAAGAAUUAUGAAUAAACAGCUGCAGAUAUCUCACUUUAAUUCUGAUAAUAAUUAUAACUAUAGCUUUCAACAUUUGAAUCACUUAUUACAUCAAGAAUAACGUCUGUUAGUUCAUACCAAAGGCUAUUUACAACAACAACAACAAAAAACAUGUGUACAAGUUAAAACUGUGAAAAAGCCGCUUUAAAUGUCUUGUUCUGAUUCUUGAACUUAUUUGAUAAAUAUUUGAUUUUAAGAAAGAGAUA